AUGGCCGACCAGUACAAAGUUACUGUUGAUGGUCAGGGCAAGAAUUCUAUUGACUCUUACUUGGAAUAUCGACGAAUUGUUGGAGAUGAUGAUGACGGCAAACUGAUGACACCUGAGGAAUAUGAAAAUUACAAAAAAAAUGUGAUUCCAAUGCGAAUGAAAAACCGCCUUUACACCAGCUGGGUGUCACCAACUGGAAUGGAUUGUAAAUUAAUUGGACCUGAAACUCUCUGUUUUUGCCAACACAGAUAUAAACAGCACAAAACAGACUUCAAAGAGAUUCCAACUGAACGUCCUAUACUAUUGCCGUGCCGUGUUGAUAAAUGUGGUUGCUCAUCAUAUCAUUAUGUGCCUUUUAAUGGCAGUCAGCCAAUUCGCUGUCACUGUAAACAUCCUGCAGAUGAACACUCAGAAGUGGCACCUUUCAAGUGUAAGCGAUCAUCCUGUGGGAAAUGCUUUGGUUUCUGCAGUUCAUUCACUUGUGGUUGUGGUCAGACAGUUCAUGAUCAUCAUAUGGUUGUUGAGACUGCAAAAGAGAGAGAAGACAGGGGUCAUCCUGUUGGCCAGCCCACUCCCUAUGCAGCUAUGGGUGGAAUCACUGGUUUCUCCUCUCUGGCAGAAGGUUACUUACGUCUUGAUCCCAGUGGUGCUGGAGCUCCAAGUAAAGAAUUCUUAUCACAACCAAUCCUUUCAUCAGACCAUGCAUUCCUUCGAUCCAAUUUGCAAACAAUGGUUACUGCCAGCUUAUCACAUAACAGUCAAGGUUUAUCCGAUGAAGAAAAAAUGGAACUUGAAUCUUCACUCAGAAAGCCAGAAGAAACUGAAUUGGAAUACUUUGAGAGGAGAUAUAAAGAACGACAAGGGAAACUUUAUGUAGUUCCUAAACCUCUGGGUUACUUGGAUACAAAGAGCAGGUCAGACACAGCCUCAACAUCUGCUGAUGCCUUUCAGUGUGAAGGUAAGAUGAAAAAGUAG